AUGUCUGAUACUACUUCAAGUAUUGGCUCCACUAAGGAUGGAAUCACCGUCACUUCCAGAGGGUUGGAACGUCGAGGAUCAUCUACAAUAAAAAGCUCUCGUAAGAGCUCACAGGAAAAACAUGAACAGCCGAUGAAGGAGCAGAAAGAAAGGCUUUUCGGAGGCAAUGAGAAGGAAGAACAAAAUGUUCGUAGGGGAUUGACCGCAUCUCAAUGGAGUGGUGUAUCCAAUUUCGGAGGUAAGAAUAUCAAGACCACCACUCCCGUAGGAUCACAUACCAAGUCAAAGUCUAAGUCAUCCUCCACUGAUGAUACAGAGCAAGGAGCACAAGAAACAGUGGAAGCUGUUGAAUCAGCUGGAUCUGGAAGUAGUAAUCUAGAUGGCACCGAUAGACAUCCCAGUACAACCAGAAGAAGAAGUUCAGUGACUUCCGCCACAAAGCCUGGUCCGAGAAUGACUGCAAUGCUCAACUACAUAACCAAGACCUGA